CAUAAUGGACACAGGUGAAUGUAUUUCCUAUGGGAUUCACUGUAAGGUUCUCACUCUACUCACCCAUCUUUACUCACUAAUCUACUGAUUAAAGAAACUGAUGUAUUUGAUGUGAACCUCCUGUAAAAGCGAGGUCAAAGGGUGACAGACAGUCCUUUUAAAGCAAGAUCAGCAGUUUCUUCAUUGUGCAACUCCUCCAUGGAGGGAAGUGGGAGCAGCUCUGUGGCCUCAGUUGUGAUAAGCCGUACUUCACCUUGGCACCCAGAGCCUGAAAGGCCAGAUCUCUUAGAAAGAGGAUAUCGUGUUCUGCCAUGUCGUGUUCCGGUGGUACGUCUGGGCUGGUUUGCGGUCCACUGUUCAUGUGAUUUCCUAUGGAAAGAACACAGAGCAGAGCAGAGAAAAGCUGAGAUAAGUCAUGAGACGUACAGUAGCUCAGAAAAAGGUUCCCACCAGUUAACAGAGCCGGAGCACGACUCAGUUUCAGUUUCCAGCGUUACUCAAUGCAGAUAGGGAAUGUUUGGAUAUGAUUGAAUGCCAGUGUGACUUUUUUCAGGUUUUUCAUCCAGCAGUACGUUCACGCUGUGUCAUACCUGACCACACACACCCACUCCCAUACACACACACACACACACACACACACAUAUACGCACACACAACCAUUCACAUGUCCCCUCACAUGCUUUAGCUACACUAUAUAAGAAAGGCAGGACAAUAGAGAAGAUAUCAUUACCUGAUAUCCGAGCUCUGAUUCGUCUGAAUGGACGCUGUGGUCGGUGUGCUGUGCCUCUUGGCUUUUGGACUUUUUUACGUCCUGUGUUCUGUUUAUCUGCUGCGUAACCCUCAGAUUCUCCACAAGAAGAAACAGUUGGCGUUUCAAUGCAGACACAUUUCCCACAGAGGAGGUGCUGGAGAGAAGAUAGAAAACACUACUGAGGCUUUUACACAUGCGAUGAAAGCAGGAACUGAGAUGCUUGAACUGGACUGUCAUUUAACUCAAGAUGGUUAUGUGGUCGUGUCCCAUGACAAGAACCUUGAAAGACAAACUGGAUACAAUAUUGACAUCUCGUCCCUGAAAUUACAGGAGUUGCCACCCUAUAAAGAAAAACUGGAGGUCACAUUCUACGUCGGGCACUACAGCACAGGCAAGGACCGGAAAUUUGUUCUGCUGGAGGACGUCUUUAAGAAGUUCCCUCAAAUGCCCAUCAACAUCGAGGUCAAGGAAAACAAUGACGUGCUCAUAGAAAAGGUCUCCUCUCUAGUGAAGAAGCACAACAGAGAGAGCAUCACCGUCUGGGCCACUGAAGACUCGGACAUCAUGACAAAGUGCAGGAAACAGUGCCCUGCCAUGCCCUACAGCUUCACCAUGAGACGAGGCCUUCUCCUCUUGGUGCUAUUCUACACUGGCCUUCUGCCCUUCAUGCCUCUGGGAGAGAGUCUACUACAGUUCUACCUGCCCAGCAUAAUCAACAGAACCUACAUUCCAGAAGAAUCCAUACUGAAGAAAAGAUUUGUGGUCUUUCUCAUGGAAAAACUGACCAUGAGGAAGUCUCUGUUUGACCACUUGGUGAAGCGUGGGAUGCAGGUGCAGCUGUUUGUGUGUAACGAGGAGAACGACAUGGACGCUGCCUUUUCAGUCGGCGCUACAGGAGUGAUGAGCGACUACCCCACCGUCCUGUCAGAGUACCUUCGAAAGCACCCCGUCCCUCCCACUAAAUGACACUUUCCUCUAUACUACCUUCCAUGUUAGACUAUUUCUAAACAUUUCUUUUAGCAAAAAUCCUUCAUAUAGUUUCACAAUUGACUACAAGUCAAAUGCAUUGCAGUUUUAUUAGUUUUGAAUACGUUUCUAUGGGUAAAGGUGGCAUAUUUUG